AUGCUCACGAUCGCCUCAGCCCAGGUGGUGUCUUCGAAGGCGCUUAACGGAAUGAACUCUAUUACGAUAGCAGAACACAGCCUAAUUUACCAGGCUGCUCUACUGCAGUUGGUUCCAGCGGUUUCUUCUGUCCCUCUUGAUACCGGCUACGUGAAAAAGCGGUGGAGCAACAACCGUUCAUGUCGAACCACUUGUGCUGCCUGCAUAGUCGGAUGCUGGGCCACCAAUCCUGCUGGCAGCAUAGCUAGAGAAAACUGCGACACUAGAUGUGAGAAUAGGAAAAGGGCCUGCUAUCUGAGUCCAGCUGUAGUUGAGCCCUUUGCCAUCAUUGAUGGAUCGAGUACUACCCCAGACCCAGAUGACUACCCCGAAUGCGACGGUUAA